UGGAAUUCCAGCCAACUAGCUGGGUAUCAUCAUGAUCUCGUCUGGGGAUUUCAAUGGCUUGACGUGCCUAAGGAUCAGGCGAGUACAUGGCCAAUAAAGAUUGGCCAUACGUGGGGCUGCCUAGAUAGCCUUUGAAGCCUUCGACAUGCUCGACCGAGAUGCGUGUGCCGCAAGCUGGAGCGGGGGAUGUCAGUUAUCGCUACUUGCUCGCCUCGCGGUUGCCUUUUAUCUACCUCGCUCCAGUAUGCUAAAAUAUAUAUCCUCGUCGGUGAUUUACGUUGUUGCUAUCGUCGUCAUCCGUUUUCUUGCUUGCAGGGAAUCUUUCUCGAUGCAAGCAAGCAUCACCAAAGCUCAAUCCAGGUCCGACCUCUACCCAAGACAGAGAUGUGAAGCAAACGGAUACAUGUGUCAGGUACGACGAAGAAAAAACGUUCGCAGGAACGGGUCGAAGAAGACUACAACCAACGAUAAAGCCACCAAAGCUCGCUACAAUUGCAAGGCUACUAGAUCUCGCUUGUAAAUAACAUAAUCCUCGCCCCGUUUUUACUCCCUUUCC